AUGACGAAUCCUGUACAAACAAGGCAGUUAUUUACACCUCAAAUUAACGAGAGAUCCAGAGUACGACCUGAUGUAUUUCUUGAUAUCAAUGUUCGUUACCCACCACGCAUUCCUCGUUUGAUACGAAGACCGGUUAUGCCUCUUAGCGAUAACGAUGCUCGUCCCAGCAGUAUCAGUUCAGCCAUUUCCAUGACAAGAGAGUAUGCCACUCGAACUCAUACAUUUGCUUCUGCCAGUACCAGCAAUCGACUAGAAAGUGAUGAUGAGGAUUAUCAGCACACGAUUCAUGAUUUACACUGUGCGUCCGAUGAGAAAGCCGUGGAUCUAGCCGCUCUUUGUGAUAUGGACAUACAGGAACUACCUUCCAAUAUCAACUAUGUUCCCUUAAAGUUUCGUAUCCUGUCUGAAGAUGGUGGAAGAUACAGCUCCACUUACACGGUUGAAAAUGUAUUACGCAAUGAUGGUACCGUGUACUGUUCAGAAAAGUGUGGGACUAUCAAUCUAUUAUUGGAGUAUGUAGGGUCUGAAAGAAACAGUAAAUGCUGCUCAUUAUCUCAUAUCAUUGUCAAAUCACCACAAUACGGAUACACAGCGCCUUGUAAAGAGGGCAUGAUAUUCAUGUCACAUAAGCCCAUUAACGUAGAAAAUACGCGUGCAUUCGACUUAUUUACAAGAGAGAAUUACGAGCGAUAUGUAGAGGCAAAACGAGAGGAAUUGGAUGAGAGUGAUCCUGUAGCGUGGUUUAGUGCGAUCCAUCAGCGACAAUGUGUCAUUGAAAUGAGUGAAAGGUCUGGUAAAUACGUGCUUGUGAAAUUACUUCGUUCGGAUCACGAAACAAGCAACAUGGAUAUACAAUACAUUGGAUUUGUUGGUUAUUCAGGUAGUCGAUGUUUUGCCAAUGGAAGCUUAUGCUGA